CUGUGGCCGGAUGGAAGAGCCCAGCUGACACAGCCCAGCUGAGUCUCAGGAAGCUUGGGGUUGACUUCUUUUACUUCAGGAAAGCCCGAACUCCAUUAAUGCACUAUUUGAAGCAUGGCCUGAAUAGAUUCAGUCAUUAUUGAGUCAAAUUAAAUACAGUGAAACAAAGAUUGCUACCAUCAUCAAAUCGCUAAAGACAUGCAAGAAUCUAUUUAAACUAACAGAAUCCUGGAAGACUGAAGAUCAGAGAACUGAGAGUCUGAAAUUUGCAUCACUACUCUGAACAGUACAACCUUAGUUGGCAUAAACUACUCAUACUGACAAAUGCAUCAUCUACCUCAAUAAGUACUUUUUUGCUUUUAUUUGAACUGAACAAUUGUGAUUAGAUAAGAUACUUUGACAAUACCCAAGAAAAUCUUAUAUAAAUGAAUAACUCGACAUGCAUUCAGCCAUCUAUGAUCUCUUCCAUGGCUUUGCCAAUCAUUUACAUCUUCCUUUGUAUUGUUGGUCUUGUUGGGAACUCAUUCUCUCAGUGGGUAUUUUUAACAAAAAUAAGCAAGAAAACUUCAACACACAUCUACCUGGUACAUCUUGUCACUGCAAACUUACUUGUGUGCAGCACCAUGCCCUUCAUGAGUAUCUACUUCCUGAAAGGUUUCUACUGGGAAUAUCAAUCUUUUCAAUGCAGAGUGGUUAAUUUUUUGGGGACUCUAUUCAUGCAUGUAAGUAUGUUUGUCAGUCUUUUAAUUUUAAGCUGGAUUGCCAUAAGCCGCUAUGCAACCUUAAUAAAGAAGGAUUCCAAGCAAGAGAACAAUUCCUGUCAUGAGAAACUAUUUUAUGGUCAUUUACUGAAAAAAUUUCGACAGCCUAACUUCGCAAGAAAACUGUGCAUUUAUAUAUGGGGAAUCGUACUGGGCAUAAUUUCCCCCGUUAUCCUAUACUACUCGAUUGUGGAGGCCACAGAAGGAGAAGAGAGCCUGUGCUACAAUCGGCAGAUGGAACUAGGAGCCAUGGUCUCUCAGAUUGCAGGUCUCAUUGGAACUACAUUUACUGGAUUUUCAUUUUUAGUUGUACUAAUAUCAUAUUAUUCUUUUGUCAGUCACCUGAGAAAAGUAAGAACCUGUACAUCCAUUACAGAGAAAGAUUUGACUUACAGGUCUGUGAAAAGGCAUGUUUUGGUCAUCCAGAUCCUAUUAAUAGUUUGCUUUCUUCCAUACAGUCUUUUUAAACCCAUUUUUUAUGUUCUGCACCAAAGAGAAGACUGUGAGCAGUUAAAUAAUUUAAUAGAAGCAAAGAAUGUCCUCACUUGUCUUGCUUCAGCCAGAAGUAGCACAGAUCCUAUUAUAUUUCUUUUAUUAGAUAAAACGUUCAAGAAGACACUGUAUCAUCUCUUUUCAGAAUCGAAUUCACCACAUAUACAACCACAUGGCUAACUUUCGGAUGGAAAAGAACAUGAAACAGAAAGGUGUUCGUAUGACUCUCCUAGGGACACUAAACAAUUAUCACUUCAUGACUUGGUUGAUAUUAGGCACUGAGAAAACCUCCAGAUUUUUUUUAAAAUGAAUAAAUAACAUACCCUUAACAUUGGACUUGCAGUUUUACUUGUACUGAAAGUUGA